AUGCAACAAUCUUCCGAAAUGGACCCAUCGACUUGGUCAGGUCAAGAUUAUGCGCCUGGCACUUCCUACCACAAUGGAAUUCCCUCUGACGCAAAAACACCCACCAACACGGUGAACAUGGGAUUUCUUAAGGGGUUUGGGGGGAUGCAAAAACGAAUCACUCGAGACGGUCAACCUGCUAAAAGAAGAGGUCCUAAACCAGACAGUAAACCAGCACAAACCCGGCGGCAGGAGCUCAAUCGCCAAGCUCAAAGAACACACCGGGAACGGAAAGAGAACUAUAUCAAAGCCUUAGAAAUGGAGCUCGCACGUCUACGUGAAGUAUUCGUCUUCGAGCAAAAUGCGCGAGACGCAACCAUCCAGCAGCAAAAGUUGGUAAUUGAGAAUCAGCAACGGGAGAACGUGGCACUGAGAGAAGUCCUCACAUCUCGGGGAAUCGCAUUCGAAAACGAACUGGAGAACCGGAAAGCCAUGCUGGCGCUGAAACCAAAGCGAGAAGAGAAUUCCAUGACCCCUUCGUCAAUGAGUACCUUAAGUCCCCCAUCCGUUGGGCUUAGAUCGGUUGGUUAUGGAGCUGUCGUGACAGGACCCGCAUCCGCUACAAGCAGCUAUUCCCCUCAAGCGUAUCUUAACGGUGGCCCUAUGAGUGUGUCGGGUCAUUCACCCGGAACAACUCAGUACGCCAGUACGCCUCAGGGACCAGAAAUUCAAGAGUUCGCUAUCAAACAGGAAGAAGUAGCUACACCGGAUAUGCCGGGCAUCUUCGAGAGGGACCCCCAAUUGGGCAUUGAUUUCAUCUUGAAGUUGGAGCAGACUUGUCGUGAUCACGAAGAGUACCUUGUCCGACGGUCGGCGGAUUCACCCGAUAAUGAAGAAGAAGCGCUAUAUUCUGGACAUGCCUUGAUGGCGACCUGCCCACCUCCAAGCCACAUCUCGCGAGUUCCCGCGCAAGAAGGGGGGUUGGUGCCGACGUACGAGCACAAAGUGCCAGAUGCCGAGUCAGUACAGAUCUUGAAUAACUUGCUCAAUCUGAGCCAAACCCUUAAAGGCAGCGCUAUUCCCAGCGGCCAAGUAACGCCCAUCAUGGCUUUACAAUCGCUCAAGGGUCACCGGAACUACGCUACCCUCACACGGGAGGAUGUCUUGGGGAUGAUUGAGUCCAUCAGAAGCAAAGUCCGAUGCUACGGUUUCGGGGCAGUGAUGGAAGAUUUCGAGCUGCGGGAUGCUCUCUCGAGUAUCUUUGCAACAAAACCAGAAACAUACGACCAACUGGGGACAGAUUACACGGCAGAGAUCGAUGAGAUAACGUACCGCGACCCCGCGUCACGCGUCGGUCACGCUCCUCGCGCCUCAGGCUGUGAUCGCCACGACCCUUGCGAACGAGCAGGAAAUACAUCAGCGCCUGGAGUCCACCCUGUUCAUCCCCAGCUUCCCCAAACUCUGUGCCAAACAAUCGGUGGACUCAGCGUCAGUGACGAAUGGGGCCCUGCAAUCACCACCACGACAACCCUCGAUGGCGUCCCAUAUGCCCCAUACUCCAAAAGUGAUAAACUAGGUCGCAUGGCCGACUGGACACAAGAAGGCAAAGAAGGUCGAGAUCGAGGUGGCAGACAAUACGGGAGAAACUACAGAGACCAGCAAGUCUAUGGCGCAGGUACGUCCUCUCUCUUCGCCGUGCAAGCCGCGGAAGACGAAGCCACCUUCUCUGUCGUCGACAACACCAGAACAACCGCAAAGGGCCGUGGCUUCGGUCGAGGCGGAGUGACGGUCUUCCGCGGGCGAGGUCAACGAGGGGCUGCCCAACGAGGACAAAGAGGAGCAUUCCAAAGAGUCGGACAAGGCCGUACAGGAGGUCAACAGCAAGGACAGUUCUUCGACCAGAGAGGCGGUCGAGGUGGAAGAGGUCGACGAUUCGGGUGGCGAGACUACGACAAACCGCAAAGAAAUCGUGACGCUUCAGUCAACAUCCGCCCCGACUGGGUCAUGAAGGAGGAAAUCGACUUUAACCGACUCGCAAAACUCAACCUCGAGACCCCUGACGGAGAAGAUAUUGAUAGCUACGGGUUCCUCUACUACUACGAUCGGUCCUACGACAAGGCUCCUGUGAAGAACACUGAGCGCAAGCUCCUGUCCCUUGAACGGGCCGCAUACAAUGUGACCACCUCGGCCGAUCCGGUAAUUCAAGAACUGGCUGAGAAAGACGAGGCCACCAUCUUCGCCACUUCGGAUAUCCUCUCCAUGCUUAUGUGUGCGACUCGCUCUGUGUACAGCUGGGACAUCGUGAUCCUGAAGCAUGGUGACAAGAUCUUCCUGGACAAACGGCCGGACAGUUCUAUUGACCUGGUCACGGUCAAUGAAAAUGCCGCCGAUGCACCUCUAGAAGCAGACACCUCAAGUACGCCCUCCCAACAACAAACCGGAGUGAAACCGGAUAGCAUCAACACCCCAUCCAACCUCGCCAUGGAAGCCACCAUGAUCAACCACAACUUCGCCUUCCAAACCGUGAUCGAAAAUCCCAACAGCAAAGUCGAAUUCCCUCACCCCAACCCAUUCUACAGUGCUUCUGAAGAAACCGACCCGCUCGCCUCAAAGGCAUACAAAUACCGCCGCUUCGACCUGUCGCUAGAACGUGACGAAGAACCUCUCAAUCUGAUCGUCCGCACUGAACUCGACGCCGCCAUCAAGAACAACAUCUCAGGGGAGGAUCAGUUCCUCACGCUCAAAGCGCUUAACGAAUUUGAUCAUAAGGCCCAAGGCAGCGGUGGUGCAUUGGAUUGGCGCACAAAACUCACCUCGCAGAGGGGUGCCGUGGUCGCAACGGAAAUGAAGAACAACAGCUGCAAAUUAGCGAGAUGGACGACACAGGCAAUCCUUGCCAAGGCGGAUCAAAUGAAGCUCGGCUUUGUGUCGAGAGCGAAUCCAAAGAGCGCAGCGAACCACGUCAUCCUCGGUGUUGUGGGAUACAAGCCGCGCGAAUUCGCCAGUCAGAUGAACCUGGGCUUCUCCAACGGCUGGGGUAUCGUCCGAACCAUCGUCGACCUCGUCAGGAGCAUGUCUGAGGCCGCUGACGAAGAGGAAGAAGGAGCAUCGGCAGCAGAGAAAGAAGACGCAGCACCCGCGAAAGACAGGAAAUAUGUCCUGGUCAAGGACCCGAAUAAACCGGUGAUCAGGCUGUACGAGGUACCCUUGCACACCUUUGAGGACGAGGACGACGGCAUGACAGGCACCGUCGGCGAGACCGACGGCGCAGGAGAGGAAGCAGAGGAAUCAUAG